AUGCGGGACCCCUGGCUCACCGCCCAAGUGCAAGAGAUGGAGCGACAGGAGAUUACGACUCGGGAAGCGGCCGAGGCUUCCAACGCAGCCACGUGCGCCAUGAAAAAGGCACGAUCAGCAGUUGAAAAAGCUCAUCUCCACGGCCGAGGCGAUGGUGGGAUCAGCCAUUCAUUGUUGAAAGUGCCCGAGAGAUAA